UAACACGGUGACAUAACCCUACUUUUAACUCUUCAAGUUUCAUAACAGAAAAAAAUGAGAAAUUACGAUGCUGAAAGACUAAACCCCUGUCUCAAAGAGCAAGAACAGACGUACAAGUGUUUUCACAAGAAUAAUUUUGACAAGGAAGCUUGUCAGUUACAUAUAGAGAAUUACAAAACUUGUAAGUCUUUCUGGAACUUUGUAAAAAAGGAUCGAAGAAAAAAAGGUAUAACUCCCGAUUUACCCCCCGUUGCAGAGCGAGAACACAUCAAACAGGAAUAUAUUAACAGGUUUAAAGCAAAUUAAUUUUUGCAACAUUUAUUUUUCAAAAUGAAAAACAUUUAACAAAGUUUUUUCAUAGUAUGUACUAGUGAUAUGAUUGUUGUAAUUUGAAAUGAUCACAAUGGCACAUGUUAAUUUUAUUUAAAAAGUAAAAUUACAGGCAUGUUUCUGUUUUGAGUAUUUUCCUUGUCAUAUUUACAAUAAAUAUAAAUUAUUCAAAAGCGAAAA